UGAAAACUCGGUUCAUUGCCACUGGUCAUAUCUCUCUUCCAUAGCAAGUGAGAGCGGGAAGGCGGAGAAUAUGAAGGGAAAGAAAACUAAAGAAAAAAGGGCAAUAUUUAUUUGUAAAUCCAAAAAAACACAAACAUUGAAACGGAAAUCAGACAUAAACGUCCAAAACCAAAUUCAAUAAAUUAGCUGUUCUGGGUAUUGAUUUUGUUGCCAAACAAAGACUCGGCUAUUUUAUUUUUUUUUUCUUCACUCAACCCCAGUUGUCUUUUUAUGUCUUUUUCUUCUUCUUCUUCUUCUUCUUCUCAUUCCUUCACAUAUCAGCCUCUCAUUCUCUUUCUCUUUCUCUUUCUUUUACUGUUUUUCUCCGUCAUAAGGACUUCUUGGCUGAGGACUUAUAAAUCAGGUUAUUAGCAUGAACGCACAGGGAUCAAGUGAACAUCAACAUGGGAAUUUAAGAGAUGCUCGGGAAAGAAGGCUGAUAACAGAUUUCGACCUUAAUUAUCCACCUCCUGUUGAGGACAGGGGUCCAAGUGGUCCUUCUGAAAUACAAACUCAAGAAGGUGGACACUCUCAAGGACAAGCUAUAACUGCUGCUGGGUUCGUAGAUGAUGAUGUCGUUAUAAUAUCUCCACAAAAAUUUGCAGAAGCAAGGAACAAUUUUCUGAGAAGUCGUGGAGGGAGAGACAGGCUUACUGAAGUUGAAGAAUUUCAUCCCAGCCUUACAGAAUUGACAAACUGGUUUAUUUCUAACCCCACUCGACAAGACCAACCAGAUUGGAUGUGGGAGGUUUGCUACGUUGGACUCUUUAACUCAAUCCCAGAUACUGCACCUAAUUUCCCCACUCGUCCAGAACUGACCCAGAUUAAUCCCCCUCCUGACACACCUACCUUCACCUGUACAGUCUGCAUGGAUCAGUUGGUUGAAGAGACAUCAACUAAGUGUGGUCAUGUUUUCUGCAAGAAGUGCAUUAACAAAGUGAUAGAUACUCAGCACAAAUGCCCUACCUGCCGCCGUAAACUUACAAAGCGGGAUACCAUCAGGAUCUACCUUCAGCACCUGCUAAAUAAUUAGCUCCAAGAUCACAAAUUUUUUGGUGGAGUUUCUGUGUUUUCAAUUGAUUUAGAUGCUUUCGUUUUCUUGUGCAUGAAACUGAAAAAAUAAAAAAAUAAAAAAAUAAAAAAAUUGACAUAUUAGGUAUUUUUCUCCAAAUUCUUGUUAACCCACCAUCUCUUAUUUGGUAGAAAACUUAGUUGAUACAGAUUUGAUCUAUUAUAGGAAACUAGAAUAGCUCUCCCUAUAGAUCAUUUACUUGGCUCAACAAAUGUACCUUCUGUCUUUUCUUUUGCUUCAUAAAGAAUUUUUUUUGAGGGCGCAUAUCCUUGAACAUGUGUUAAUCACCGAGAAAGUUGAAUGUUUUUCUUUGUUUGGUGAAUUCACCUGUAACCUUUUUCUUCAUUCGGACGCUAAAGUUGUUAAUUGAUGUUGUCAGGAAAGGAAUUGUAUUUUAUUUUU